ACGCGACACAGUACAGUUCAGACCCCGCGCUGACCAACUUCUCCGUGAUGGAUUCGAAAUCACGACGUCGGUCCCGCUCCAGGCCCAGAAGCCGCAGCCGAGACCGGCGAAACAUGUCCAGAGUGAGCAAGUCUCGGUCUCCGGAGAAAAGGAGAGGGCGCAGUCGGUCCGUGGACAACAAAAUAACCGCCCGUGGUCGGGGACGCUCCGCUAGCAGGGACUCCAGCAAUGGCUCUCCUGCCAGACAUCGACAUCAGCACAGGGACCGUCUUGGUUCCAGAAGUGGCUCUGAGAGCGAUACGAGGCCGGGAACACACCGGGGCCGAUCAUCCAGUUCUGAUUCAGAUGAUCCCAAAAUGAUGAGAGGGAGAAAGGAAUUGGAGGCUCGGAGAAGAACAUCUGGAGAGAGGACAAGAAGAAGGUCCCAGUCCAGCUCACACUCCCAUGAUGGAAGCAGUGACAGAGAAAGAAGAAGACGAAGAAGUCCAGCCAGAAGGAGUCCAGCCAGAAGGAGUCCAGCCAGAGACAGACAGAGGAGGGACCAAGAUAGAGAGAGACAGGAAUGCAGCAGCAGAGAAGGAGAAAGGAGAGAGAGCGAAAAAAGCAAAGAGCGAAGCAAGAGGAGUGAAGAUAGGGAACAAAGGAUGAGGGAAAGAAGUCGAGGGAGGCAGCGCUCCAGUUCCCCUGAGUCAUCUGAUAGUUCGGGGUCUGACCAUGAGAGGCACGUAGUCAAGGAAAAGGAGGAAAAGAAAAAUCAAAAAGAAAUGCUGAAAGCUCUGGAGACACCAGAGGAAAAGAGGGCUAGACGACUGUCAAAGAAGGAGGCAAAGGAGAAGAAGAGGAGAGAAAAGAUGGGCUGGAGUGAGGAAUACAUGGGCUACACUAAUGCUGACAAUCCCUUUGGUGACAACAACUUAUUAGGCACAUUUAAAUGGCAAAAGGCAUUGGAUAAGAAGGGCAUCGGCCAUCUUGGAGAAAAAGAGCUUAAGGAUAGGAACAAAUGUAUUCAGGAGGAAAACCGCAGGGAGCUGCAGAAGGUGAAACAGCUUCGCUUGGAGCGGGAGAGAGAAAAAGCCAUGAGAGAGACAGAGCUGGAGAUGCUGCAGAGAGAGAAGGAGGCAGAGCAUUUCAAGACCUGGGCUGAACAGGAAGACAACUUCCAUUUACAUCAGGCCAAACUACGAUCUAAAAUUCGUAUACGUGAUGGUCGUGCCAAGCCCAUUGAUCUUUUGGCAAAGUACAUCAGUGCAGAGGAUGACGAUCUUGCUGUAGAAAUGCAUGAACCUUAUACCUUCCUCAACGGGCUCACAGUCACUGAUAUGGAUGACCUGCUGGAGGACAUUAAGGUGUAUAUGGAGUUGGAGCAAGGCAAGAACGUGGAUUUCUGGAGAGACAUGACAACCAUCACUGAAGAUGAAAUCGGCAAACUGAGAAAACUGGAGGCCUCAGGGAAAGGGCCAGGUGACCGCCGUGAGGGCAUUAACACAGCUGUGAGCAUUGAUGUUCAGACAGUCUUCAAAGGUAAGACGUACAGCCAGUUGCAGGCGCUGCACCUGAAAAUUGAGUCAACUAUUCAGGCUGGAGGAUCCAAUCUUGAUAUCGGUUACUGGGAGAGUCUGCUGCAGCAAGUCAAAGUCUACAUGGCCAGAGCCAGGUUGAGAGAGCGACACCAGGAUGUGCUGCGGCAGAAGCUAUUCAAGCUAAAACAGGAACAAGGAGUGGAAAGUGAACCUUUAUUCCCCAUCAUCAAAGAGGAGCAGCAGAUUAAGGAAGAGGAUGAGAGAACCAGGGAGAGAGCAGCAGAACCUGGGCAGUCAUCCUCCACCAAAAGUAAGAACAGAGAAACCGAAGAAGAGGCAGGCCCAUCCACAUCCUCUAACCAAGGCGAGGGUGACAGGAAGGAUGGAGAGGAGAGUGGCGAGGUGGUGGAGGCUGUGUUGACUGAGGAGGACCUGAUCCAGCAGAGUCAGGCCGAGUAUGACUCGGGGCGCUACAGUCCUGCGCUGCUCACGUCUUCUGAGCUGCCGCUAGACACGCACACCAUCACACCAGAGGAGGACACACACAGGCUGCAGCUGGCACGCCAACAACUACAGGUUACAGGUGACACCAGCGAGAGCGCAGAGGACUUCUUUGUGCGUCGUGCCAAAGAGGGCAUGGGCAACGAUGAGGCCCAGUUCAGCGUGGAGUUCCCCGUCACAGGAAAGAUGUACUUGUGGGCGGACAAAUAUCGCCCCAGGAAGCCCCGCUUCUUCAAUCGGGUGCACACAGGCUUUGAGUGGAACAAAUACAACCAGACGCAUUAUGACUUCGACAAUCCUCCGCCCAAGAUCGUCCAAGGAUACAAGUUCAAUAUCUUCUACCCAGAUCUAAUUGACAAACGCUCCACCCCACAGUACUUCCUCGAGCCCAGUCCCGACAACAAAGACUUUGGAAUCUUAAGGUUCCAUGCAGGCCCUCCUUAUGAGGACAUCGCCUUUAAGAUAGUGAAUAGGGAAUGGGAGUAUUCACACAGACACGGCUUCCGCUGUCAAUUCGCCAAUGGAAUCUUCCAGCUGUGGUUCCACUUCAAGAGAUACCGUUACAGGAGAUAGGGGCAGCUUACCAGAAGGGACCAAAAGGCCAGUCUCUGGGUUUUAACCAUACAGUUUUUAUGUAGGCUGUACAGUCAGUCUGCAUUGUUGUAUCAUGUCAUUUGUUAAAGUUACAAAUCAUUUUGUUCCAUUUGAAAAAGAUAAUUGUUAUGUGGCUUAAAAAUUACUUAUUAAAGAUUUCCUCCUUUUUA